GGAAUGGACAUCUCUGCCUUCCUGUCUCCGUUCUUAUGGCGAUGCUCCUCAAUGCUGCCCUAGGUGUAGUCUGCAGGCAGAAGUCCUCCAGAUGCUCCCUCGGCAGCCAGAGAGGUGGUAGGCAGCUCAGAAUGGAGCUAGCUGCGAUCCUCCUGCUUGUGGCCAUCCAGCUGAAUGUCCAGGUGGUGUCUCAGGUGAAGGAUGUUGCCUGCGAUGACAAUGAUGUCUUCCAAGCUGUGGAUGUAGCGCUGACGAAAUACAACAACCAAAAGUCAUCGGGCCCCCAGUUUGUCCUGUACCGAAUAAUUACAGCCUCGCUGACGGAUUCCAGUGAGCGCACCUUCACUAUAACCUAUGAAAUCCGAGAAAGCAACUGCAUGAUCGAGACAGGCAAAAACUGGAAAGAAUGUAGCUACAAAGAUUCUGCAGAAUGGAAGCAGGGAGAAUGCACAGCCAUAGUGAAGAGUCAGAAUGGAAAAGAAUUCAAAGUCAUUGAACAGAAUUGCCACAUCAUUCCAGCUCAUGAUGUUGUGGUGGCAGUUCAUAGCCCAUGCCUUGGAUGUUUCAAUCCCAUAUCAACCAACCAUUCAGAUUUGGAAGAGAUUUUGAAACAUGGCCUUCAAUCUUUUAAUGAAAAAUCCAAGCAUGAAUACCUCUUUGCCCUUAAAGAAGUUAUGAAUGCCUCGAGACAGGUAGUCAAUGGGUGGAAUUAUAAGAUCCAAUAUUCAAUCGUGCAAACUGACUGCUCAAAGAAGGAGGAUGGACAAUUAAGUGACAAAUGCAAGCCUACGCCUCAAGGGGAGAUAAGUGUCUGCAGCGAUUUCACCUAUGUAGAUCCCCAAAUGAAAAUCAGUAUUGUCUCCCAGGCUUGUAACCCAGGGAGUGACUCAGCAUCUUCUGUGACCCAGAAGAUGUCUGUCUAUAGCCCAGAGCUGAAAGAGCCUUUGAGACAUUCCCUGGAAAAAAUCAACUCUGAGAAUAAAAAUAACUUCUAUUUCAAGAUGGAAACCAUUGAGAAAGCAGAAUCCCCGGCAGGACCUGGACCCAAAUAUAUCAUUGAAUUUCUCAUCAAAGAAACUGAAUGCUCUAAAGAGAAAGACAAGUAUUCUGAAGACUGUGCAUUUAAGGAAUCUGGGGAUGGUUUGAAAUGCAUAGCGAAUGUCUCUGUGGAGGACGAGGGUACAUUUAAUCCUACAGUUCGCUGUGAGCAUCCAACAGAGAUGCUUAUGAAAAGGCCUCCAGGUUUUUCCCCUUUUCGAGCAGCUGCAGUGAUCCCAGAAAUGGAAGGAGCAGAGGCUCCAAGUGAGCCCCAGACUUCUGACAUGACAGAUCAGGAGGAAGCGCAAGGCCCAGGAAAAGAACAAGGGCUUACUCGUAGCUUUGGUCCCGGGCACCAAAAGGAACAUAACUCUGGCCAUGGGCACAAAGAUCACCGUGGUCUUGGCCUUGGCCAUAAACAUGAGCAUGCUCACAGUCAAGGACAUGGCCACAGGCACAAACACAAACAUGGUGAAGGCCAUAGGAAACAUGAGAAAAAAGGCAAGAAAAGCCCUGGGAGUUGGACAGACAGGUAUCUGGACAGCCCAGCUAAAGAGAAUUCUCCUUCCAAGACACAAGAGGAGACACAAGGCCCACCACCCCUCCUUAGCUCAGCAUUGCAAGAGGUCACUAUUACUCCUUCUGAUUUUCAAGAUUUAGAUCUCCUUGAUCUUAACCCAACCAAUCCUCCAUCUGAGCCUAAAACCGACGAGAAGACAAAGGAGACGGCAGGGGAGGAAGAGUACACAGAUGAUGACUGGAUCCCAGACAUCCCUAUCCAGCCAAAAAGCUCCUUGUUUACUUUGGUGCCUGAUUUUCCAGAACCACCUGCCCCCAAAUGCCCUGGACGCCCAUGGAAACCGAUUGAUGUGAUGGACCCAGUCAAGGAAGAGAGCCAAUAUAUGGACUUUGACCUCUCUGAUGCUCUUGAAUUUGGGAAGAAAUGAUUCUCCUUCUGGCUCUUCACCAUCCUACUGCCCAAAUACAAUGGACCACAUACCAGAAAUGUCAGAAUAGCCUAGAACAAGGGUUGAGACUCAGCGUGGACACUGGAAGUCUCAACGAACUAAUGAAAAGUUGUUUUGCAAAGAGCAAAUCUAUCCUCAUUUCUUUGGACAAGCAAGUUCCCUCAGCAAAGCAGAAGAUGGAGAAAGUGGAUUUGUUUUGAGGCCAUUUUCCACUGGAGUUCCUAAGAACAGAUAUCAGGGGGGAAGGAUAUUUGUUGCUUGGAAGGAUAAUUAUUAUCUUUAAUUAUCUAUUCAAACUAAUCUUCAUCUGUGCAUGAGUGUCAAAAAACAGAAACUAAAUAGGAACUAAAGAUGUGCCCGUCAUAUAAUUAAUUGAUGCUUAAUUAAUGCUUAUUGAUUGAUUGAUAGAAGUAUGAUUAUCAAAGAAAUCUUUUUAUGAUUGGAAA